CUUCAAAAAUAUGUAGAAUAUGUUUGUAAUAUUGGAUUUUCCUCGCGUUUCCCCAGUUUUCAAACGAAAUUGAUCGAUCAGUUAUUAGUUAGUUCUAGACAAGUGUAAGUGUAGAUAAAAUUAUCUUAGAGAACAAUAGAUGUUAGAUAUGUAAAUAUGGUCAAAAAAAAAUCGCCUAUUGUUUAUGUUAGUGGCCGAAAAUUUUGGUACCGGCUGAAGACAAUGCUAUUUCUGAUAAUUCUCGCUGGAUUUGUAUGCUUUUGCCUAACUCUAAUGAAACUCGAUUACAACAUCAUUGGCUACUCAUCGGAUUAUGUGUCGUGGUUUCGAGUGAAUCGGAAUAUUUCGAAAUUUUUACGUUUAGAUGAAAGUACGCACUUAGUGAGUCCAAGUGAAAUUUCUGAGUGUUUUUAUGAUGAUGUGCCAGUGGUUUAUUUCGUUACAACGACGCCAAAGCAUAGGAUUGAACGCAAUGUGAUACGCAGUACGUGGGGUAAAAGUGCCAGACCGAGACCCAUCUUCAUAACAGGAUUAGUGGAGAAGGAAGAGGAUAUGCACUUUCUAUACGAGGAAUCCAAACUCUACAAUGACAUAAUAAUUGAAGACUUUUCGGACAGUUACACAAACUUAACAUUGAAAACUGGUUUCAUUUUCAAAAAUUUCCUUCGACUGUGUCCUAACAGUGCUUAUCUAAUGAAAACCGAUGAUGAUGUUUUAGUGAACACCACACUUAUCGAGAACAUUGUGAUGGAAGCAAUGUACAACGAUCCCUUAGGAAAGUUACCAAUAAUUGGGAGAUUGUAUCCACCCUACAAAGCUCACCGAGAUCCAGAAUCAAAAUGGUACCUUCCUCAUUGGAUGUAUGGGAAAGACUAUCUACCGGCUUAUAUAUCAGGAACCGGCUAUUUAGUACCAGCAAUCUACAUUGAAAAGAUAUUACAAAGUGCAUCUCAGGUGCCACUAUUGCCUUUAGAGGAUGUCUACUUUUUGGGGCUGGUGGCAAACGAGACUGCUGGGGUCCCUCUGGAAAAUAACCCACAUUUCGUUGAUGUUAAGCCAUUUUUCUCACAUUUCUGUUCAUACAGGAAGCUAGCAACUCUGCAUCAUUUGGACGCCAAAGAAAUAUCCAAUAUUUGGAUGAAUCUUCAUAAUGAAGUAGAUCAAUGUGAUGGCCUAUUAUAUUCAAUGUACAAUUACCUUUUUGGUUAAGAAUAGGUUGAAUAAGAUUUAAUCCGAUAUAAUGUGAUGCUUUGAACAAAUAUUAUCCUGCCUAAUUGUCAUUUUGUAAUAAAACACAGAUUUUUUUAAUA